AUGAAGCACUGUUCUGCUUGCGCGGGGGGAGCUACGCUGUUACGAGCUACUAGAAUGACAGGAGCCACUUUCAUCCAAGCCCGGUGUGCACAUUUAGUUCGCGGCACCAACCGGAGUCUGGGACAGCAUCAAGGGACUAAUAUUCCUCACUACCGUCUACCACUCAGGAGGGCUUUGCGUCUUAUAGAUUCGACGGGGAGACACAACGCCUCCAUGGUGGAGACCGAGGAUUGUGUCAGUGAGGAACAACUCCAACAUCAUUCACACGAUGGCGAGGGCGUAUCUCAGCGUCAAGAGGAUGCAGCCAGGUAUGCUGCGUAUCACUGCCAUCAUAUGCUUACAUCCUUCCGCGUUGAGCGGCAGCGUUGGGGGGAGAACACCGGUACGCUAUCGGUGGAAGAUUUAAGUCGCAUAGUGGAGUACAUAUUUUAUGCAUCCGUGCUUUUGCAUCUCACUGCAUUAUAUCAAACUGCGGACAAGUAUUGUGAAGACCUCAUAGGUGCUGUUAUUUCCUGCAGCAUAUUUGUAUCGAAAAAUGUGGAAGAAAUACUGAAAAGUUUAUCCACAGCCUCCGCAUCCGGUACCCUGAUGGCAGCAAACAAAAGGUUGGCAUCUCAAGGAAGUGACAUGUGGAAUUCGCUUCACUGGGCAGCGGUGCAUUACAGCCAAGGUGUGUGUUACUGGGGACUUCUUGAUCACACUGAACCCCUGUUUGACAUGCGGCGGUUGCACGCUCCGUUUCGCGGCCUAUUUUCCACCUAUGUUAAGCUUGUGUGCAAGAUCCUCGCGCAUGCCGGGAUGCCUCGAGAAGACAAACAGUUGUUAUCGUACGUCAAGUCACCCGAGGGGUGUAACCGGUGGUUUGGGGAGGAGGUCAAUGGCGGACUGGCCGUCUCAACAUUGUGCUUCCCCGGAAGUGCGGCUGGUACAGCGUGUUCUGGUGUGCACGAUAACCACUGUUUCCCUCAGCAGCGUCGGUUACAGCUUUUGCCUCUGAUCUGGGUCGCUUUGCUCAGCUGCCACUGUGCUGUGAGCAAUGAAGAAAACCGUUUCCGCUCUGCACGCCAUGCGUUUUUGCAUGUAUUACCGCUGUUUAGUAAGGAGGCCAAGGCGGAAAAUGUCGUAAUGCUGCUUGCGCGGCUAUUAUACAUCCGGCCAAGCACUGUGUUGAAGGCCAAUUCAGUUGACGUAGGCAUGCUACUUGCACGGGCCGAACAAUGUAAUGUGUUCCCUCCUUCCUCCUCGGUUCCGUCGGUCACGUACGCGGCGUUCCUACGCCUCUGGAUGUGUGCCGACGUGGCUCAAGAGAAGGAGCCUGAAGUUAGGGGUGUCCACAAAGCAUACGCUGCCUUUCGUGCUAUUCCGCUGUGCGCGCUGCAGCUAGAUGGUGAGCCGCACAGCCCUGCGAGUGGUGGGGACGCGUUUGUGCGUCACCUUCUCCUUCGAGCGCUACUGCAGUGGUCAUUUCGGCUUACCGCGUUCGUAUCGUUUCGGGGUGAAGUUGAAGAGAUCCUGAAAUCAACCCAGCACGUUGUGCAACUGCUAGACCAUGCUAGGAGGCGCCCUGGAUGGGGCGGACGAAAAGAAACAAUUGUUGUGGACCUUUGUGAGGCUGUCCUGCGAGCAUUUGCCGUUCGUGUCUCAGUCAUAUGCGGGAUGGAUGCUCCUUUGAAAAAGGAAGAUUACGCCCUAAUCGCUGAAUUUGACGAUGUUGUGAGAAUGAUGAUACGAAGCGGCGAAGACAGAUCAUCUUUGUGCACCUUACCGACUGUGUAUGAAUGCUUGCGGCCUCGACGGGGUAGCCGUUCAUACGCAAGGGAAGUUGAAGAGGACAGUUUCCCUAGUUCAUUAACUCCGCGCAACUCUCCAGUAUAA